UGACUGCGAAAUAACUUUCGGUUAUCGCGCAUGAGUGAACCUUUUUCUCGAUUUGAUAACAUUGCGCCGAUGCAUGGUGCGUAUUUAUGCAACGCAAAAAUAAACAAGAGAUGCAGUGCGUCUAAGUGCGUUAUUGUUUCUACUCGGAAUAUCGUAUCUACUAGGAUUGUUGUUACGAAUGAUAAAUUCGACUGGAAUGAUGAAACGAUAAGAUAAAAAAAUAAAAAUUUCAUCUAGCCUCAUUUAUAUUAUUUAUUAUUUAAAGAACUAAGCAUCAAACAAAACAUCCCUCAGAGAUAGAAAAAAAUAGCUUCUUUUCAAUAAUAAAGUUAUAAUCAUAUAAUAUUUAAUCGCGCUUGCCAACUAAUAUGACUUUGUAUAAAGUAUCUCUAGCCUUCAAUCUAUUUGAAACACUAAUCAUUUGUUGAUAGUGUGAUAAUGAAAUAAACCUUGGACUCCGGAUGUCACAUGACCAUAUCAUGCAUAUAAAAGCAAGUCGAAUACGUCAUAUAUGCUUUUCAAUAACUUCCACGAAUUUUGUAAGACACGACUUUUUAUACAUUUGGACAUCCUCUCGUGUUCAUUAAAAUUAAAGAGUACUUUUUAUACAAUAUAAACAAUAAUAUAAAGAUGGCUAUUAAUCCUGCAAAGGCUAUACUCAAGCGAGGAUAUACCGCGUUAUUUAUAUGCGAUGUUCAGGAAAAGUUCACAAAGGCGAUAUUCCAAUUCGAUAAGAUGGUUCAAAACUCAACAAAAUUGAUAAAUGCUCUGAAAAUUUUAAAUGUACCUAUGCUGGUUUCUGAACAGAAUCCAAAGUCUUUAGGGAAAACCAUUCCUGAAUUCGAUAUCUCUGGAGCCAAAGGACCUUUCGCAAAAACUCAAUUUAGUAUGUGUACUCCUGAAAUUAAUAAGGAGCUUGCAACGCUUUGUAAUGGACAGAAACCAGAAUCUAUUAUACUCAUAGGUAUUGAAACACAUGUCUGUGUAGAAAAUACAGCUAUUGAUUUAAGACGAUAUGGCUAUGAAGUUCAUACAGUGGCAGACUGUUGUUCUUCACGUACUCUAGAAGACAGAUUAUUAGCUUUGGAGAGAAUGCGAGACAUUGGAUGUCACAUAACUACUUCUGAAAACGUUAUAUUCAAGCUUAUACGAGAUGCAAAUGACGAGCAAUUUAAAAAUUUAUUGGCUCUCAUCAAGACACCAACCGUAUACACGGGAUUAGUCCCUCAUUCAAAUAUAUAAACAUUCCUAAAAAGUUA